AGUGUCAUCAUGAGAUCGACUUUAAUUGUGACAAUUUGUUUCUCAUUCAUUUUUAAUUGUUUACCAGUUGAAUUGAAGAUAAUUUCAGUUCCAAUUUCCAAAGGAAAUGGUAAAUUAUCUGAACGUAUUCAUGCAGUUGAAGAGUAUCAAGGUUGGGAUUUAAUUGAAGAUUUUGAUGAACUUCAUAAUUUCGUUAGACUGAGACAUGGAUCACCAGAAUUAACAAUCAACGUAACGUUGAUUAAUUUGGCUCGUCAAUCAGCCGUUGUCCAUGGUUGGUACGAGGGAAACCCGCCGAUUCAUCAAGAUGAAAACGAUGUCCACUUUGGUCAGAAUUAUCAUUUCCAUAGUGAUUCUGAGCAUCGAGUUACUCCUUCAGAAGUAUUUGAAUCUUGGUAUCGAGAUGAGGAAAGAAGAUACAAUUAUGAUGAUCCGAUUGUAACUGAUGAGAAUCGACAAUUUGCUCGAAUUGUUUCCAAAUCAACUGAACAAUACGGAUGUGGUCAAGCUCGAGAUCGUGGACCAGGAGGUGGUGUUUACACCAUUUGCAUCUACACACCCGAAUAUGUACCUGGAAACGAGAGGGAAAAUAUCGGUAAACCAAUUUACUCAUUCGAUGAUAAUAAUACAUUUGAUUCGAGUACAAUUAACACACAACGAAAAACCGUUUUCACCUACUAAUUGUGUUCUACUCAACUGAGGUGGUAAUUGUUCAAAUUUAAAUCCGUUAGUGAUCAGUAUUUCACAAUUUAAAUGUAAUUUGUAUAAUUGAUUGAUCCAUUUUUGGACCUUGAAUUAAAACCAGUUUAUAUUUGAAAAAA